GCUGUGAACGGAUACACCUUUGGAAGUCUUCCAGGGCUCUCCAUGUGUGCAGAAGACAGAGUGAAAUGGUACCUUUUUGGUAUGGGUAAUGAAGUUGACGUGCACUCGGCUUUCUUUCAUGGACAAGCACUGACUAACAAGAACUACCGUAUUGACGCAGUCAAUCUCUUUCCUGCUACUCUUUUUGAUGCUUUUAUGGUGGCCCAGAACCCUGGAGUGUGGAUGCUUAGCUGUCAGAAUCUAAACCAUCUGAAAGCCGGUCUGCAGGCCUUUUUCCAGGUUCAGAACUGUAACAAGUCCUCAUCAGAAAAUGAUAUCCUGGGGGAAGAUGUUAGACACUACUACAUCGCUGCUGAGGAAAUCAUCUGGAACUAUGCUCCGUCGGGUAAAGACAUUUUCACCAAUGAAAGCUUAAUAGCUCCUGAAAGUGACUCAAGGGUAUUUUUUGAACAAGGCCCUACAAGAAUUGGUGGUUCUUACAAAAAGUUGGUCUACCGCGAGUACACAGACGCCUCCUUCACAAAGCGGAAGGAACGAGGCCCUGAUGAUGAACAUCUGGGCAUUCUGGGUCCUGUUAUAUGGGGAGAGGUGGGAGACACCAUCAAAGUCACUUUUCAUAACAAAGGACCCUUUCCCCUCAGUAUUCAACCAACUGGAGUGAGAGUCAGCAAGGACAACGAGGGCACACACUAUGCCCCACAUGACAGCUCCUCCAAAGGAAGGCUGCCACCUCAUUCAGCCUCCUAUGUGACACCCAAGGAGACCUUUACCUAUGAAUGGACCAUCCCCCAAGAAGUGGGCCCCACUUAUAAGGAUCCCUCCUGCCUGCCUGGGAUGUAUUAUUCUGCUGUGGAUCCCACCAAAGAUAUAUUCUCUGGGCUUAUUGGGCCAAUGAAAAUAUGCAAGAAAGGGAGUUUACAUGCAAAUGGAAGACAGAAAGCUAUCUCCAAGGAGUUCUAUUUGUUUCCUACAGUAUUUGAUGAGAAUGAGAGUUUACUCCUAGAUGAUAAUAUUAGAAUGUUUACAAUUGCUCCGGAUCAAGUGAAUAAGGAGGAUUCUGACUUUCAAGAAUCUAAUAAGAUGCACUCCAUGAACGGAUUCAUGUAUGGGAAUCAGCCUGGACUCACCAUGUGCCAAGGAGAUUCAGUCAUUUGGUACUUGUUCAGUGCUGGAAAUGAGGCUGAUUUACAUGGCAUAUACUUCUCAGGAAACACAUAUCUGUCAAGGGGGGAAAGAAGAGACACGGCCAACCUCUUCCCUCAAACAAGGCUGACGUUAAUCAUGUACCCUGACACAAAAGGGACUUUCGAUGUUGAGUGCCUUACAACGGAUCACUACGCAGGUGGCAUGAAACAAAAAUAUACUGUGAACCAAUGCCAGCACCUGUUCGAAGAGUCUACUCCCUGCAUGGGAGAAAGGACCUACUAUGUUGCAGCAGUGGAGGUGGAAUGGGAUUACUCACCACACAGGGAAUGGGAACAGGAGCUGCAUCAUUUACAGGAGCAAAAUGCUUCAAAUGCAUUUUUGGACAAGGGAGAGUUUUACAUAGGCUCCAAGUACAAGAAAGUGAUAUAUCAGCAAUACACGGACAACACAUUCACAGUGCAGGUGGAGAGAAAAGCAGAAGAACAACACCUGGGAAUUCUAGGUCCACAACUUUAUGCAAAUGUUGGAGACAAAAUUAAUAUUGUCUUUAAAAACAUGGCAACAAGGCCCUACUCAAUACAUGCCCACGGGGUGAAAACGGAGGGUUCUACAGUUACUCCAACACUACCAGGUGAAACUCGCAUGUACAUAUGGCACAUCCCAGAAAGAUCUGGUGCUGGACCAGAGGAUUUGGCUUGCAUCCCAUGGGUUUACUAUUCAACUGUGGAUCAAGUUAAGGACCUCUACAGUGGAUUGAUCGGCACACUGAUUGUCUGUAGGAAACACUUCAUGACAAUAUUUAAUCCCCAAAAGAAGCGGGAAUUUUCCCUUCUGUUUCUAGUAUUUGAUGAGAAUGAAUCUUGGUACUUAGAUGAAAACAUCAAAACGUACUCUGAGCAUCCUGAGAAAGUAAACAAAGAAAAUGAUGAAUUCAUAGAAAGCAAUAAAAUGCAUGCUAUCAAUGGAAGAAUGUUUGGAAACUUACAAGGCCUCACAAUGCAUGUAGGGGACAAGGUCAACUGGUAUCUGUUAGGCAUGGGCAAUGAAGUGGACCUGCAUUCUGUGCAUUUUCAUGGCCACAGCUUCCAAUACAAGCACGGGGGCAUUUAUCGUUCUGAUGUCUUUGACGUUUUCCCUGGAACAUUCCAAACCCUUGAAAUGUUGCCAACAACACCUGGAAUUUGGUUACUCCACUGCCACGUGACUGACCACAUUCAUGCUGGGAUGGAAACCACCUACACUGUUCUGCCAAGUGAAGAGACCAAGUCUGGAUGAAAGAAAGAAAUUGGUGAUAAGUGGGAAAAAAGAUAAAACAAUGUGUGAGCAUUGAAUGGAACGUUUACUUUGGAAUGGCUAGAAACGUUAAAAA